AAUCUGUCUAUAAAGAAUGAGAGAGCUAGGUGUUGAUAAAUCUGUCUAUAAAGAAUGAGAGAGCUAGGUGUUGAUAAAUCUGUCAAUAAAGAAUGAGAGAGCUAGAUGUUGAUAAAUCUGUCUAUAGAGAAUGAGAGAGCUAGGUGUUGAUAAAUCUGUCUAUAAAGAAUGAGAGAGCUAGGUGUUGAUAAAUCUGUCUAUAGAGAAUGAGAGAGCUAGGUGUUGAUAAAUCUGUCAAUAAAUAAUGAGAGAGCUAGGUGUUGAUAAAUAUAUCUAUAAAGCUUACGAAAUUUAGGUUUUAUUGUUUCAGGUAGAUUUUGGUUUUGCCAAAAAAUUAAUGCCAGGCAUGAAGACCUGGACCUUUUGUGGAACACCAGAGUACGUUGCUCCAGAGGUUAUUUUGAACAGGGGUCAUGACAUCUCAGCUGACUACUGGUCUCUAGGAGUUCUGAUCUUUGAGUUGCUUACAGGCAUGCCACCCUUCACUGGAACACAUCCCAUGAAGACUUACAACAUUAUUUUAAAAGGAAUUGAUGCAAUUGGGUUCCCUCGCUGUAUCUCCCGAAAUGCUAUGGCUUUAAUUAAGAAGCUUUGUAGAGAUAACCAUGCUGAACGAUUAGGUUAUCAAAAAGGAGGAAUAAAAGACAUUCAGAAACACAAAUGGUUUGAUGGGUUCAACUGGGAAGGUCUUCGUGAUCGUACGUUGAAGCCUCCAAUCCUACCUCAUGUACGAAGUGCGGUAGACACCAGUAACUUUGACCACUAUCCACCGGACAGUGGUAUUCCUCCACCAGAUGACCCUUCUGGUUGGGAUCAAGACUUUUAAGAACUAUAAAGUUUUUUGUUUCUACAGAAAUAAAUAAUUUGUGAAAUAUGCGAAAAUAGAAGUUGAUGUACUAUAAAAUUUUUUUAGUGACAAAUACAUCAAUAAGUUCAAUUACUGGUCACUUUUUAAAGUAUCUGUAAAUGUUGGAACCAGUUAAUUCUGAGGAACUGGAAUGAUCAUGGACAAUAUAAGUAAUUUAAUUAACAGCAGUACUUUUACUGACAAAACUUCCAGUAUUUGCUGUUACAAGUCACACACGGAAUAGUGACAAAACAAAGAAGUGGAUUUUGUGCCGAGAAAUAGUUUUUGCACUAGUUAAAAACAUGUUAACAUAUUUUUGAAACAUUUAUAGAAAUUAAAAACUGGUGUUUGUGUAAGUUGA